GAGCCGGUGCAGUAACUGCUGCCGUCCCUGCAGGCACCAUGGUGCGGAUGAACGUGCUGGCCGAUGCUCUCAAAAGCAUCAACAACGCAGAGAAGCGCGGCAAGCGCCAGGUGCUCAUCCGGCCGUGCUCCAAGGUGAUCGUCCGCUUCCUCACCGUCAUGAUGAAGCACGGUUACAUUGGUGAAUUCGAGAUAAUUGAUGAUCACAGAGCUGGGAAGAUUGUUGUCAACCUCACAGGCAGACUCAACAAGUGUGGUGUAAUCAGUCCCAGAUUUGAUGUGCAGCUGAAGGAUUUGGAAAAGUGGCAGAACAACCUGCUGCCUUCCCGUCAGUUUGGGUAUAUUGUCCUGACAACCUCAGCUGGCAUCAUGGACCAUGAGGAGGCGAGACGAAAACACACAGGAGGCAAAAUCCUGGGAUUCUUUUUCUAAAACUUGUAAAAAAAGAGGAUACUAAUAAAUUGUUCAAAUGGA